UUGGGGCAUUAUUAGAGGUAACAGUGUUCAUCAGCAGCUGAGAAUCCAAUCAAUCCAUCAUUGUACUUCCCGGCAGAAAAUAUUGGGAUUCCGGAGCCUCACCAUCUGAAAUCAGCAAAUCACCGCCUUCGCGCUGGGCAUAAUUUCCCCUGCUUCUAUAGCGACGAGUCAUCAUGCGAACUAGGAACGCUGGUUCUUCUAAAACAGCGGCGGCUAAGAAGACACCGCCGACGAGGAAAUCCGCAUCUAAAAGCCCGGCGAACGCACAAUCCCCUCAGACCAAGCGCACCUCUACGAUCAAAACUAGGCAGGCCAAGAAGAACGAGGCCUCGCCCUUACAAAACACAAGCGUUGAUGAGGAACCGGAGCUAUUAUCUGAUGAGGCAAAAGCAGAGGCUGAUGCUUCUCAGGUGACACCAGAGACAAAAGUUGUUACAGUUGCAAAGUCAGCACCAAAGAGGACGCCAAAGAGAGCAGUGGGAAGGCCUAGGAAUUCAACUAAAGCCAUUACUACCCGGGAACAAGAAGAACAAGUGGAGGCAAUAACUGAUGAAACACCGAAAAUGGAUGAUGUUGAAGUAGCUGAGAAAUUGGAGGAGCCUUUAAAUGUUAAUGUAGUCAAAGCAGAUGAAAUUGAAAAUAAGGAAGUGGACGAACAAGGUGUUGAGUUUGUUAGACAAUCUGCAGGGAAUGAACAACAUCCCAAAGUAGGGGAUGAGUGUAAUGCUGAUAGUGCUUGUGAGUUAGAAGAAAAGAGAAGAGACAUAGUUGAAGACGUUGUAUCUGCCUCCCAAGGUGUCCCUUUUUUAUUGAAUCAAGAAGAACCUACCAUGAUGGAGCACUCUGAAUCUCUGGAGAAUGAAGAACCCACUAGUGCAAAAGAAGGAGAACAAACAAAUGAAGAGGAUGGGGAAAAAGCAUCAGAAAAAUCAAUGAAUGAACAGACAACUUGUAGUGGAAUUAAAGAGCUAUGUGAUUCUGAUUCUGUCAGCAUGGAAAUAAAAGACCAAAGAGAGCAAGUGAAGGAAGAGGAUGGAGAAAAAGAAUCAGAAAAAUCAAUGGAAAAGGAGGGAGAAGGGGCAUUAGAGAAAUCCAUGCAAGAGGAGACAAGUAAUAUUAUACAUAACCAGGAAUCUAAUACUGAUUCUGUUGAGAAGGAAAUGACAAACCAAUUUCUGCAAGAUGAUGUUAAACCUGGAAAGGAGAACCCAAGUGGUGAUCAAGGUGGCAAGGGUUCUGAGGAAAGGCUGAAUCGUGAAGAACAAGGGGGGAAGGAGCUUGAGGCUGAUCGAGGGGAGCCUCUUGAAGAAGCUGAGACAUUGGAUGAGGAACGCAAGGAAUUGUCAACUAUGGCGAAGGAGCGCAAGAUUAAGAAAGAGAAUGAAAUAUUUGUUGGUGGGCUUGAUCGUGAUGCUACAGAGGAAGAUCUUAAAAAGGUUUUUGAGAAGAUUGGGGAGAUAGUUGAAGUCAGGUUGCAUAAAGAUUCUUCAACAAACAAAAAUAAGGGCUAUGCAUUUGUAAAAUUUUCUUGCAAGGAGCAUGCAAAGAAAGCUUUGUCAGAAAUCAAAAGUCCUAUUAUAUGUGGUAAGCGAUGUGGCAUUGCACCCAGUGAGGAUAAUGACACAUUAUUCUUAGGAAAUAUAUGCAAUACAUGGACAAAAGAAGCGAUCAAACAGAAGUUGAAGGAUUAUGGUGUUGAGGGUGUUGAAAACAUUACACUCGUCCCAGAUGUUCACCGUGAAGGAUUAAGCCGGGGCUUUGCAUUUCUUGAGUUCUCCUGUCAUCAUGAUGCCAUGCUUGCCUAUAAGAGGCUUCAAAAGCCUGAUGUAGUCUUUGGACAUGCUGAUCGAACUGUCAAAGUUGCCUUCGCUGAACCUGCUCGAGAGCUGGAUCCAGAGAUCAUGGCACAGGUGAAGUCUGUCUUCGUUGAUGGUCUUCCUCCUCACUGGGACGAGGGCUGCAUUAGGGAGCACCUUAAAGGUUAUGGUGAAAUUGUACGAAUUGUGCUUGCCCGGAAUAUGACUACUGCUAAGAGGAAAGACUUUGGAUUUGUUGAUUUCUCUACACAUGAAGCCGCUGUAGCUUGUGUUGAUGGUGUGAAUAGUUCAGAAUUUGUUGAUGGAAAAGAAAAGAUAAAAGUGAGAGCUAGACUUUCAAAUCCUCUGCCUAAAACACAGGCUGUCAAGGGAGGCAUGUGUGGUGGGUUCCGAAUUGGUCAUGCUCGGGGUGGAGCUUUUCCACGAUCUGGGAGGGGUUUUGCUCGUGGAGGACAUGCUGUCAACUGGGGAAAUUUUAAUAGGGAUCGGAAUUUUUAUCAUGGAGGAUAUGGUCAAUGAAGAAUGGGUUUCAGUAAUGAUCUUAAUCUGAAUAAUGCUUAUCCAGAUUUUCAUCAGAGGCAACUUGGGGAACGGAUGAUUCCUUUGAGGGGUGGACACUAUGCAGGUGCACAAGGUGCUGCAGUUGCUGGUCCAUCUAGGCCUCAUCUUGACAGAGCCUGGUAUGGCACCCCUGAGAGAGGCCCUGGUGAACCUAUUCCCCCAAGGACGCCAUUCUCCCCUGAAGGACAGUUUGACAGGCCUUUUAUUGGAGGCAUAUUGAUGAUCCAUAUUUUUAUGAAGACAGUGUGCAUGGGGUGA